CCCGGCAGGCGUAAGAUGGCGACCGCGGCGGCGGCGGGAGUCCUGGACCUCCUGUGGGGCUGGCUGUGGAGCGAGCGCUUCUGGCUGCCUCAGAACGUGAGCUGGGCGGACCUGGAGGGCUCCGGCGUCGGCGACCGCUACCCGAGCGCCUGGCACAUACUGUGGGUGUUCCCGCUGGCGGCAGGCAUCUUCUCCGUGAGGCUGCUGUUCGAGCGAUUUAUUGCCAAGCCCUGUGCACACCGUGCUGGCAUCGAGGACAGUGUUGUCUACCAGGUGGAGCCCAACGCCACCCUGGAGAAGGUGUUCUUGUCUGUUACUAAGUACCCUGACGAGAAAAGGCUGAAGGGCCUGGCAAAGCAGCUGGACUGGGAUGUCCGAAAAAUCCAAUGCUGGUUUCGCCAUCGAAGGAAUCAGGGCAAGCCUCCAACGCUCACUAAAUUCUGUGAAAGCAUGUGGAGAUUCACUUUCUACUUAUGUGUGUUCUGCUACGGCCUUGGAUUCCUCUGGCGGACGCCUUGGCUGUGGGACACCCGACAGUGCUGGCAGAACUACCCCUAUCAGCCGCUCUUGCCAGAGUUUUACUACUAUUACAUCACGCAGCUGGCUUUCUACUGGUCUCUGAUGUUUUCUCAGUUUAUAGAUGUUAAGAGAAAGGACUUCCUCAUCAUGUCUGUUCAUCACCUGGCCGCCGUCACACUCAUCACCUUCUCCUAUGUCAACAACAUGAUCCGAGUGGGAACCCUGGUCUUGUGUCUGCAUGACUUGGCAGACUUCCUGCUGGAGGCUGCCAAGCUGGCCAAUUAUGCCAAACAUCAGCGGCUCUGUGACACCCUGUUUGUGAUCUUUGGUGCAGUGUUUAUGGUCACUCGUCUAGUGGUCUACCCAUUGUGGAUUCUGAACACAACCCUCUUUGAGAGCUGGGAGAUCAUCGGGCCCUACUCCUCCUGGUGGCUCUUCAAUGGCUUCCUCCUGGUCCUGCAGCUUCUGCACAUCAUCUGGUCUUACCUAAUUGCACGAGUUGCUUUUAAAGCCUUGAUCCAGGGAAAGGUGUCUAAGGAUGAUCGCAGUGAUGUGGAGAGCAGCUCAGAAGAUGAAGAUGAGACCCCCCCCACACACAGCUUCCCUAGCAGCAGCUCCAGCAACGGUGCCAACUGCCUGAAUGGCCAUACGGGAGGCAGCCACUGGGCUGAAGAGCAUGGGACUCGUAAGGCCGUUAGCAGCCCACUCUUUGGGGCCUCCCCACACCUACACUCCUGUGACUAGAAGAACUGUAAGGCACCGAGGAACCAAAGAAACAAGUAGUUCUGUGUUUUAAAGAAACUCUGCCACUCUGUAUUUAAUGCCCCUCAUUUCUUUGGUAAUGUUAUUUCUCU